GCAGUGUGUCCGUCCGUAAUUUUCAUUUGGUUUUCUUUCCCCCAUAAAGUGAUGCCUAAAGAAUCUGGCACAAAAUCUUGCUACAGCAACUCAAAUUCAAUAAAGAUAUACACAACAAAAUAAAAAACCCACUAAUAAACAAACAAUUCACCACAUACACUAUCAUAACCACCACCUUCAAUAAAAACCAUUACCACCACCACUCUCCAAACUCAACACCACCACCACCUCCACAUUCAAAACAUAAAUUCUGUAGAAACCCAUUUUUCCAAAUUUAAUUUCAGCAACACCCAGAACCUCAAUUGAACUCAUUUCUCAAAAAAAUUGCUUCAAUUUUGAGUUGCUGCCAUUUUCUUGUGUGUGUUACUACUAAAAAAAAUGGCAAGCUCAACGCAAAUUCAAGUGAAGGAAGCAGUUUACAUAACACCAUCAUCACCAACACCAUCACACAUUCUACCACUCUCAUCGCUUGAUUCUCAGCUCUUCAUCCGUUUCACAAUUGAGUAUCUGCUCAUAUACAACAAUCCGGCGAGAACAAAAUCCGCCGCCGACCGGAACGCGUUCACGUCGCGUAUUAAGGCGGCAUUAAGUGCUGCAUUGGUCCCGUAUUAUCCUCUAGCUGGUAGAGUCAGGGCGCAACAAUCAUCCGCAGCGGCAGCAAAUCUUGAAGUUGUUUGUAAAGCUCAAGGUGCGGCAUUUGUUGAAGCUGUUUCAGAUAGUAUUUCAAUCUCCGAGUUCCACAAAGCUCCACGUCAUUCGACUCAGUGGAGGAACUUAUUGUCCAUACACGUGGCAGAUCUUCUCCGCGGGUCCCCGCCGCUCGUCGUGCAGCUGACAUGGCUUGCUGAUGGUGCUGCUGCGGUUGGUGUUGGCAUCAGCCACUGUCUCUGCGAUGGUAUUGGUAGUGCUGAUUUCUUGAAUUUUUUUGCUUCAUUGACAACCGGUCAGUGCCGUGGUUUCACCGAUUUGAAGGUGAAACCGGUUUGGGAUCGUCGUCAUUUGAUGAACCCGGUUAAGUCUAGACGUGUUAUGAAUCGUUCAGUAAUUGCACAUCCUGAAUUUAACCGAGUUCAAGAUCUCUGCGGGUUUGUUUCGCGAUUCGCAAGAGAAACGUUGACGCCUACGUCCGUUAUAUUUGAUCAGAAAUCGCUAAAUGGAUUGAAGAGACUCGCUUCAUCAACUUGUCCACAAAAGGAGAUGAAAUUUACAUCGUUUGAAGUUCUAUCAGCUCAUGUGUGGACGUGUUGGGCAAUGUCACUAGGACUACCCUCGACACAGACGCUAAGAUUGCUGUUUAGCGUCAACGUUAGAAACCGUAUCAAGCCAAAUUUGCCGGAAGGGUUCUACGGGAAUGGGUUCGUUCUCGGAUGCGCGCAAAUUAGUGUUGGCGAGUUGACGGAUAAGGGAAUCGGAUGGGCAAGCUGGUUGGUGAGGAAAGCAAAGGAGAGAAUUGGAGAUGAGUAUGUGAAAUCGGUAGUUGAGAUGGUGAGUGAGUCGAAUGCAUGUCCUGACCCGGUGGGUGUUCUGAUAGUCUCACAAUGGUCGAGACUUGGCCUAGAAAAGGUCGACUUCGGAAUGGGUAAGCCAGUUCAUGUCGGACCGGUGCUUAGCGAUAGGUACUGUCUGUUCUUGCCGGUAUAUGAACAGAGGGACUCAGUGAAGGUCACUUAAUAGCGGGAAGGAGGGAGUAUAAUUGCAGAGUCAUUUUGAUGAUUAUGAGUCUAUGACAAAAGGCUGCAGCAUCAACUGGAACGAUUGCCCCAGUUCAGGCCUUUCUGCCUAAACAUCCACUGCCACAGAAUCUUUCAACUCUAGGUAUUUCCCUGAACAUAUAAGAUUGUAAUAUUUAACCUUUUGUAGUAGUACCAUUUCCAUUGAAUAGAUGAUUAU